UAUCAGGUAUCGUACAAUGGCGUUGGGGAAUUCGCUUUAACAGGCGCCUGGAGCCAAAAUUGAGAGAGAGAGAGAGAGAGAGAGAGAGAGAGAGAGAGAGAGAGAGAGAGCGGGAGAGAGAGAAAGAGAGAGAGAGCGGGAGAGCGAGAGAGAGAGAGUCUUAUCAGGCACCUGGAGUCAAGAGUGAGAGAGCAUCGAAUAGGACAGUGGAAGAAGCAAUACAAAAAUAUCGAACAUUGUUUUUCAAUUUAACUCGACAGUAAAGUCAGAUGAUUACCGUCUUGAAGAUUUUGCUGUUUGUUUUGUGAAGGAUAUUGAUACUGCAUACAGUUUCUGAAUAAACGGGACUGAUGGAUAAGCCGGUUUCAUCUGACAUAGUCAUCAUUGCGGGUAAUUCUCAUCCGGAACUCGCCAAUCUUAUUGCAAAUCGUCUUGGUGUAAAACAUGGUGGCUGUGCUGUGUAUCACAAGUCAAACCGUGAAACAAUGGUAGAAAUAGGGGAUUCUGUACGUGGAAAAGAUCUGUAUAUAAUUCAAACUGGUACAAAGGAUGUGAACAACAACAUAAUGGAACUUCUCAUCAUGGCAUAUGCAUGUAAAACAUCGUCAGCCAAAAAUAUCGUCGGAGUGAUCCCCUAUUUACCUUAUUCUAAGCAGUGCAAAAUGCGCAAACGUGGUUGCAUAGUGUCUAAACUCUUAGCCAAGAUGUUGUGCAAGAGUGGUCUAACGCAUAUAAUCACUAUGGAUCUCCAUCAGAAAGAAAUUCAAGGAUUUUUUGAUGUUCCUGUAGACAAUCUGAGAGCUAGUCCAUUUCUCUUGCAGUACAUUCAAGAAUCCAUUCCCGACUAUCAUAAUUCUGUGAUCGUUGCAAGAAAUCCGGGUAGCGCAAAAAAAGCAACUAGCUACGCCGAGAGAUUGCGUCUAGGGAUUGCAGUGAUUCAUGGAGAACAAAGGGAGGCUGAAUCGGAUAUGAACGAUGGUCGCUACUCACCACCCGCGUUAGCGUUGGCUUCGCGCACCAUGGAAGUCGGUGUUGGUGUGCCAAUGCACCCGGCAAAGGAAAAACCACCUAUAAACGUCGUUGGAGACGUCGGUGGGCGUAUCGCUAUCAUGGUGGAUGACAUGAUAGAUGAUGUACAGUCAUAUGUAGCAGCUGCUGAAGUGCUUAAAGAGAGAGGAGCUUGUAAAAUAUAUGUCUUAGCUACGCACGGUUUACUUAGCUCGGACGCUCCCAGACUCAUCGAGGAGUCACCAAUUGAUGAGGUGGUUGUAACCAAUACAGUUCCUCAUGACGUGCAGAAAAUGCAGUGCCCGAAAAUCAAGACUGUUGAUAUCAGUAUUCUCCUAGCGGAGGCAAUUCGGCGUAUACACAACAAAGAAUCAAUGUCCUAUCUAUUUAAGAAUGUAACUUUGGAGGAUUAGGAAGUAGACAAUUGCAUGCAAAAUCGUGAUCAAAUCAUAAAUAAAUAAAAAUUGAAAGUUACACAAGAUUCAAUGCUGGGGACCAUGUCCAAAGUACAUAUCCGUUUCUUGAUUCUUUAUACUAUUUUUAUAUUUUCCCAAUUGUGUUUUAACGUGACAAAAGAGAAUGUAUAAACUAGUCCAUUGCGUUUGUGUGAUGGUAAAAAGUCAAUGGUAAACGGCCAUAAAUCCUAACUGUACAUUUCCUUCUAGUUCUUGCGUAAAAUGCAAUUUUAAAUAUUGUAAAGUCUCAAGUAAGAACUCACGUGUAUCAUGUGCUUACCAGUCAUCUAGUGCUAGCUAGUUUCGCUAUAUGAUUCUAAGAGAAGUUCUCUUGUAUUUUGUUUAAACCAAGAUAUAUUUUACACACAUACACACAAAGUAUAUAUUUUGGUUUAAAUAAAAUUA